UCCAUCUCUUAAAAGACUGCGCGCCUCGGUCUCUCCCUCCCUCCCUCUCCCUUCUGCUCAGGCGCUGCGCUCACAACUCUAAACAGGCAGAGACAUCCAGCUCUCCAGAUCUCGAUGACAUCUACCUCCGCCUGAAAGCAAACUAACGCCUUUCCCUUGUGUUAUUCCCCAGCUAUCCAACUCGGUAUUUGUACGCAGUGGUACACUUUAAAAAGGCUAAGGGGGAUUCUGUCUGACUCCAGAAUUAGUGGAUUUGGGAUAGCGCGCUUUUCCGGCGCUGAAGUUUGUGUUAUUUUCUUAAUCUUUACAAGGCGCACCCACACGUGGUUGGAGAGCUUUGGCGCCGAGACACGGAGAGAUGCUGAAGGCAGUGUUUUUUCUUAAAUCACUGACGACUGGAUCGCGACAAGCCUGAAGAGGGCUGAACUUUCAGAUUUGGUGAGACUUGAAUAAGCAAACAUCAGCACAAAAAGUGAGGAGGAGGAAAAAAACGAUUGGGGCUUGGCCCAAAAAGGGUGAUUAACAUUAACGCCAAAGCAAAUUGGGUCUCUUUUUUUUCUUAGAAGGGUCCCCAUCAACCAGCAAAAUUUCGCCCAAAAGUAGACAAGAGGACCGCCCUGCGCUGACCAGGUUAGUCGGCAGGAAGCGACUGAUCGCUGCAGGGGUGCUAGGAGUCGUCAUGGUCCUGGUGCUGGUGAUCCUAAUCCCGGUCUUGGUCAACUCAGCUGGAACUUCGGCGCACUAUGAGAUGCUUGGCACCUGCAGGAUGGUGUGCGAUCCAUACGGCACCAAGUCUCCGACAAGCACGGCAGCUGCAGACACCGUACGAGACAACAACCUCAUGCAGUCUUUACCUACUUUUAUACAAGGUCCGAAAGGGGAACCGGGGCGGCCGGGAAAGGUGGGACCUCGGGGUCCACCUGGUGAACCGGGACCACCUGGUCCACCAGGUCCACCCGGAGAAAAGGGAGAUCCGGGGCGCCCCGGAAUACCUGGGCCACCAGGACCGAAUGUCGCGGCGGGGGCGAUCAGCGCAGCGACUUACAGUACUGUUCCAAAAAUCGCCUUUUACGCAGGCCUUAAGAAGCAACACGAGGGCUAUGAGGUGUUAAAAUUCGACGACGUGGUCACGAACCUGGGCAACCAUUACGAUCCAACAACUGGGAAAUUCACCUGUUCUAUUCCGGGAAUAUAUUUCUUCACCUAUCAUGUACUGAUGCGCGGCGGGGAUGGCACCAGCAUGUGGGCAGACCUUUGUAAGAACACACAGGUGCGAGCCAGUGCCAUCGCUCAAGAUGCUGAUCAGAACUAUGACUACGCCAGCAACAGUGCCGUCCUUCACUUGGAGCCGGGGGAUGAGGUCUACGUUAAACUGGAUGGCGGCAAGGCCCAUGGAGGCAACAAUAAUAAAUACAGCACCUUCUCCGGUUUCAUCAUCUACGCUGAUUAAGAGACGUGUCACAUGCUUCAGCCCCCAUGGACCUCUCUCUCCCCCUCCCCCCCUCUCUUUCAGUUUCCCCCUCUUUCUGUCUUUCUCUCCCUUGGCCUAUAGCCCCACUACCACCCCUUCCACUAUGCAGUGGAGUUAGUGAGCAGGGGUGGGUGGGGCAGAGCAUCCUCAGGCGGACAGAAAAGCUAUGAGAGUUGAGGGCGGGACAGAAGCAUUCUACUCGAGGGGCUCAUAGUCGCACUGUUUAUAUUGGGGAGAACAUAUCUACCGGCAGAAAUGUCAAAACAAGUGUUUGCAAGUCAAGCAGAUAUUGUUGGCCGUCAGUCACCAAAACAAGUCAAUGGUGAGUGAACAGGCCUCUCUGAUCCUGUAGAUGAAUUGACAAAAAAAUGAACCAGAAUGACCAUUUUUUUAAAUCAUAUAUGAGUCUAAAAUUAAUAUGUGCAAUAAUGUUGACAGUGAAGGCAACCAUAACUUGAAUAUACCCAUUAUUUGUCAUAACAGGAUAUGAUGUUUUCACACCUGGCAACUCUGACAUCGUUCUGAGGAGUUUGAGGAGACUCCUAUGUAACCUUUCAAACAUUAAAUAUUAGUGAACCUCAACAAUAGGCUGCUCAUUAUAGAUGAGGUUACUAUUGAUUCUGUCCUUUUUCUCCUUUUAUUUUUUAUUGAAAAUAUUUUAAACCAACAUUUUGAAAGCUACGAAGAGGAAUUUGUUCAACACAAUUGGAACACUAAUGAAAUAGCUACUAAUACAUGCUGUUAAAUAACACUUAUAAUAGAGGUGCACUAAUGAUCUGUAUUAUGAAUAUGUGCAAUUGGGAUGGGCCCCUAAAAGAGAAUAAUUAUAGUCUUGUAUACUUGGGAAAAACAAAUCAACACAGUACAUCACAAUCAGAUGUGUCUGUGUUGCCAGGUGUUAAAGCACAACCAUCAUUUUCCCUGUUUUACCUGCAGUAGACCUACAGUAUCUAGUUCAGAAUGUGCUGAAAGUUCCAAUCCCCUUUUUGGGGUAAAGACCAAGUCCUCGUGCCCCCUUUGCCACCAACAUAUCUACGCUAUACAAUGGGAAAAAACAGUUCAAGUGAUCUUGAAAGCCCUAUGCAGAAACUGAGUGCUUGGAUAUGUAAAUGUGUAUGUAUCUUACUGAGAGUUGAAGAAUUACAGUGACUGUUGAUAUUGCUACUUAUUUUAUAUGUAAAUAGUGUAGUGAUUAUUUUUCUCUCCCCUUCAAUGUACAAAUGUUCAAAGAGCACAGUGCUACAGCAAUGUAUGUAGAGUAUAUUACGCUAUAAUAAAAAAA